UGGCAUGUGACCGGAGGAGGCGGGCUUUUGGAACCGGCGCCUUCUCCUUGCUUCUUGGGGUCGUGGCCUUGCUCCUGCGGGGCAAGGGAAGCGUUCCCGGGUCCUCACGCGCGGGUGUGCGCGUGGGUCCUGACGUGCUCGCGGGUCCACGCGCGGACUCUGCGGGGACAGAAGCAGGAGCCAUGGGCGGGACCGCCAGCACCCGCCGGGUCACCUUCGAGACUGACGAGAACGAGAACAUCACCGUGGUGAAGGGCAUCCGGCUUUCAGAAAAUGUCAUCGACCGGAUGAAGGAGUCCUCUCCGUCUGGCUCUAAGUCUCAGCGGUAUUCCAGUGUUUAUGGUGCUUCAGUUUCUGAUGAAGAAUUGAAAAAAAGAGUAGCCGAGGAGCUGGCAUUGGAGCAAGCUAAGAAGGAAUCAGAAAACCAGAGACGCCUUAAGCAAGCCAGGGACCUAGAACGAGAGAGGGCCGCAUCUAAUGAGCAGCUGACCAGAGCCAUCCUUCGGGAAAGGAUAUCCAGCGAGGAGGAACGCUCGAAGGCAAAGCAUCUGGAUAUUGAAGAUAAAGCUCGGCAGCUGGAAGAGAAAGACCGAGUGAUACGGAAGCAGGAUGCAUUUUACAAAGAGCAGCUGGCCAGACUGGAGGAGAGGAGCUCAGAGUUCUACAAAGUCACCACCGAGGAGUAUCAGAAAGCUGCUGAAGAGGUGGAAGCCAAGUUCAAGCGGUAUGAAUAUCAUCCAGUCUGUGCAGAUCUGCAGACCAAAAUCCUCCAGUGUUACCGCCAGAACACCCAGCAGACCCUCAGCUGCUCCGCGCUGGCCAGCCAGUACAUGCACUGUGUCAAUCAUGCCAAACAGAGCAUGCUGGAGAAGGGAGGAUAAAGUUACCCCCAAGAACAUGCAACGCUCCUUCAACGUUAAUUCCAGAGGUGGAACAUUUUUUCUUUUCCUAGUAAGAAAAUGACCCAAUUAAAGAGAAGACCACUAAAGACAGG